AUGUCACUUUUGCCAAAGGCUUUCUUCAAACAAAAGAAACUACUCGACUCCGACGAUGGAAAGAAGGGCGAUAAUUAUUACGACGAUACUUACUGUGAUUGGAUUCUCCGCAGUCUUUUUCCAACAUACUUCAUUACAAAACACAAAUACUCCACAACAACCUCUUCCACAACCACCACAACUACCACCACCACAACCACGACAACAACGACAACGACAACAUCAACGCGGACGACAACAAGUACCGCGAAACCAACUCUCAUCCCAGAUUUCCUGCCUGACGGCCUGAGUACUUGCACAAUCCAAGAAAACUAUCCAGAACUCUACAACAAAACCGACCAAAAUUUAAGAGUUAUCGAUGGCAAAAUUGUCGAGGGAACGGAGUGGCCUUGGAUGGCCCGAAUUCAACGACAAGCGGACGGAUAUUUAUGCGGCGGAACAGUCAUCCAUCCCCAUUUUGUUCUCACAAGUGCGGAGUGCUGCAAAACUUGGCCGAUGAAUGUCACUUUUUCAAGCAAAACAAUCACUGUCCAUGAAGACUCUCAGUACACCUUCGAACCCCGCGGCGGGAUGAUCCAGUACGUCUGCAUUCUCCACUUUAACGAAAACCUCCUCUGGAACGGCACAGACACCUCCUACACCAACACACCCUGCAUGCCUCAAAAACAAGUUGUCGCGCAAAACCAAGCAUGCUGGAUCGCCGGUUGGGGUUCUUCCGCCACUAUUGGCACUCCAAGCGAUCAGCUGCGAUCUAAAGGAGUGCGACUCGAAAACGGAACAGAUUGCCAGGAAGGAAUUCUUUACAAAUGGGCCCAAGCGUGCAUUGAAGGAGAGUAUUCCCAAAGCGGCCAAAUUUACCCCGAAGCUCCUACUUGCGCGAAUGAUAUGGGAGGGCCGAUAAUUUGCCCUGUGGAUGGAAAAGCGAUGCUAGCGGGGGUCAUCGGCGCUGGAGGAUGCGGAAUCUACCAAGCAAAGAGCUACUACUGGGAUGUUUUUCGCAAAUGGACCAGAUUAUUGAAACCAUCUCACGAUUCAAUGAUACAAUACCAUGAAAAAUUAUUCCAGCAUAAUCCCUAG